UCCUUCCUUCCUUCCCUUCUUCCUUCCUUCUCAGCAUCCAAUUUGCACACGGAUCUCCCCUCCAUUUGUGACUCCAUCUGCAUCUGCUCAUCACGGUCUCUCUCUCUCCUCUCUCUCUCUCUCUCUCCCCCCACCACCCUCUCAUUCUCUGUCUCUGCUGGCGCAGCUUAGGUCACUUCUGUGUGGUUGACCAGAGUUUCUCAAGCGAGUGUGGGUGCAGAAGAAAGAGGAAGACAAAGAGUUGGCCCAUGCGAGCGGCGCGUGGACCGAGUGCAGCUGUUUCGUUCCGAGCAGAGCCCAACAUGUGAGAAGAUGUCUGUUGGAGGUUGUGCUUGUCCCGGCUGUUCGUCAAAGUCAUUCAAGCUGUACUCUCCUAAGGAGCCCCCCAACGGCGGCAGCUUCCCCCCCUUCCAUCCAGGCGCUAUGCUGGACAGAGAUGUGGGGCCUACACCCAUGUACCCCCCAUCAUACAUGGAGCCUGGAAUGGGGAGACCCACGCCGUAUGGGAACCAAACAGAUUACCGGAUAUAUGAGCUGAACAAACGGCUACAGAACUGGACGGAGGACUGUGACAAUCUCUGGUGGGAUGCCUUCACCACAGAGUUCUUUGAAGAUGACGCCAUGCUCACCAUCACUUUCUGUCUAGAAGAUGGACCCAAACGAUACACCAUCGGCAGGACUUUGAUCCCACGAUACUUUCGUAGUAUUUUUGAGGGGGGUGCCACAGAGCUAUUCUACGUUUUGAAGCAUCCAAAGGAGUCCUUCCACAGUAACUUUGUGUCCCUUGACUGUGACCAAUGCACCAUGGUGACUCAAAAUGGCAAACCCAUGUUCACACAGGUUUGCGUGGAGGGGCGCCUGUACCUCGAGUUCAUGUUUGAUGACAUGAUGAGGAUCAAGACGUGGCACUUCAGUAUCAGACAACACAGAGAGGUCCUGCCAAGGAGCAUUUUGGCUAUGCACGAUCCGCAAAUGCUCGAUCAGCUGGCUAAAAAUAUCACCAGAUGUGGGCUGUCCAACUCCACACUCAACUACCUCCGUCUAUGUGUGAUAUUGGAGCCCAUGCAAGAGUUGAUGUCAAGGCAUAAGACCUAUAGCUUGAGCCCCAGAGACUGCCUGAAGACAUGCCUCUUCCAAAAGUGGCAAAGAAUGGUAGCACCACCAGCUGAGCCUGCCAGACAAGCUCCGAACAAGCGGCGGAAAAGGAAGGUGUCCGGUGGAAGCACCGUGAGCUCCGGCGGAGGCAGCAAUAACAACAGCAACAGCAAAAAGAAGAGUCCAGCCAACAACUUUUCUCUCUCCAGCCAGGUACCUGACGUGAUGAUGGUGGGAGAGCCCACUCUGAUGGGAGGGGAGUUUGGUGACGAGGACGAGCGUCUGAUCACACGGCUGGAGAACACGCAGUUCGAUGGGGCGAAUGGCCUGGAGGAUGAGGACAGUUUCAACAGCUCGCCUGCACUUGGGGCACACUCGCCCUGGAACAACAAGGCUCCCUCCAGUCAGGAGAGCAAGAAUGAAAACUCCCAGUCGUCCCAGUAGAAUGCUGGGGUCUCAGCCAGCCCCCCCCCCCUUUUUUCUUUUUUUUCCUCCAAUGAUUAAAUACUACUGGUAUUCAACUGAGCCAACACAUUAGCGAGAGGAGUCAGGGAAGCUGGCCUUGAGCACUUGUGUUUAAUUAAUUUUUGUUUUGUUCAUUUUUAUGAGAGUGGUUAGGAAAAUGGACAGUAGCUGCUGGACUGAUAAAACUCGCCACACAAAGGACAGGGUCAGCAGAAUCCCACUCGCUCCCUCACAUUGUUGCACAUGACCAGUGGUGCUCAGCCUUGGCCCUUGUCUGCUCGGCUCCACUCGGUCCUCUUAGAGGCGGGGUGGGGGGUGUGUGUGUGUGUGUGUGUCUUUACCCCCCCCGACCCACCCACCCCUUCCCCAAUCAUAGCUCACCACAGUGUUUGAGCCAUAGUUGGCAUGUCCUGUUGUCCGAGUGCUCGCCAUGGCGACCAUGUCAGUGGGUUCUUGUUCCAACCUCGGGUCUCUCAGGCAUGCGUUUUCCUUGACGACGCACCACGUUGUUUCUGUUGUGCUCAUGUCACAGGGGAGAAAUGCUUAGCUUUUAUUUAACUUAUUUUUUUGCAGGCUGCAGAAAACUGUGUGCACUCUUUAGUAUCAAAAUUCAACGUUCGGUUUUUAAAAACUUAAUUAUUUGUUUUUGUAGGACCUGGUUGGAACAAAAACCUGUACAGUGCCGGAGCUUGAGGACCGGAGUUGAGAACCACUACGCUAAAUCUUAACACACACACACACACACACACACAUCCAAACACUGACACAUGAAUCAACACAUGCACACACACACACACACACACACACACACACUGACCCAUAAAUCAACACAUGCACACACACACACACUCACUCACACCUGCAGCAUAAAACAUUGAGGUACUGGAGAGAGGUGGUACGCAGCAUGUCUGGACCAGAGCACCAGAUGCUACAAAAGUGUGUUUUCAUUUUCUAUGUUUUAGACUUGUUUUGAAUUGUUUUUAUUUUUGUAAACAAUUUCUAAAAAAUAAACAGACAGAAAAGCAAGCAGGCAAACAUAAACACCCCAGAAUAUUCUUUGCACUGUUUUCCGCUAUUUACUACAAUCUAUUUUAGUUAUGAAUUCACGGUGUAUUUCUUUUCUAUUAUUGCUAAUGUAAGAACUGUAAAACAUCUGAAAACCUGCAGUAUAUUAAUGUAAACGUAUUGCUGUUAAAUCAUUCUCAUUGUGAUGGUAAUAGCUCCCAUGCAAGUCUAUGCUUAAUAUAACGUCAUCCAUCCUGGUCAGCCACAACGCUGUCAUAGUGUCCCUUGGCUUCAGAGGUAGAAAACGAGUUGGGGAGAACAAGGCCAGUGUUUUAAUACUGUUCUCCAUCUUGUUUGAUGUGAGUAAAAAGCAGCGCACUGGAAACCCUUUCCCCCACUAGUUCUCCAUCCGGGGCCUGUUCUGGAUCCGUUGCUUGUCAUUGUAGAAGUGUUUUGAUUUUGUUUUUGAAGUCUCUAUCUCGGGGGACCUCUCUUCAGAGAACAUAACCGAAAACUCAAAUUUGCUACUCGAAAAAUAUUUUAAAAACAAGUUUUGACAGGAUUGUAAAAUAAGAAGAAAAAAAAAACUUUUGUACUCACUUAAGUUUCCCAGAAAUGUUUUUAAUCUCAAUUAAGGAAGCUGCAGACCAAGGAGCUACAUGUAAAGAUUCUUUAGAUAUUGAUUACACUGCUGUUUGUUUUAUGACCAAUCAUUUUGUUGGCUUUACUCCUCAUAUUUGUGUCUGUGCUUGUAUAUUUUUAGGUAGUAAUUUCUGUAAAAGUCAUUAUGUAUUCUUCCCUAGAAUUAUGAGAAACCCAAUCUAAUGUAAAGAGAUUAAAAGCCUCUUAAGUUUUUUUUAAAUGUAAUUUUAAAUGCUACAAUCACUGAUAAAAUAAUUUUGCCCUCAUUUUAACUGUAUUUAUUUUUCUAUGAAUUGACAUUCUGUUUAGGUCCAAUCCUCCUGUACUAUACUCAUGAUAUGUAGAAGUUUUUUUGGGCUGCUGAGUCAGGUCAUUCCAAUACUUUGGUUUUUUUGAGAUGUGGCCCCCAGUUCAUCACAAUGGUUCAGUAUGUUGACAUUGAAGGGACAUUUAAUGUUCCUCUCCGGCUGUUGUAGAUUGCUGGUCUGUCCAAAAAGUUGUCCGAUGACCUGAAAAGCCAUAGUCACACAUAGUGUUACGCAUUUUAAGUUAGAACUAAUUGUUUUCCUGAUACCUCGAGUCUACAGUUGUUGGUAAUGUUCAAAUUAGGAGCAAUUUUGAAAUUUGAUCACAAUCACCUAAACCCUCAAUGGGAUUUUUAAGGUUCUGUGAUGUAUUUUUUCACUAUAUUUUCUUCCCAGAUACAUUUGAAAAUCUGUAACCAAUGAGUAAAAUACAAAGUAAAGUUGUAUUAAUGUAAAUAUACUGACUCAUUGACCUCUUACGCUGAGAUGGGGAACACUGGGUUUGACCGUGAGCUGCUGGUGCAGGUUUUCCUGUUCACAUACAGGUAUUGGAUAAUACUUUUCAAAUUCACCCAGCAGGGGUCUCCCAGAGCACUAAGCAGAGAGAGCUGUCAGAUUCUCCACCAUUACAGCUGAGAGCAAUGCUGUUUGUAAAUCUACACCCCGCUGCAGGCUAUCGUUUUUUCCCGUCCUUUCUCAUUAUCUCUUGCAGCGCUAAAGUCUACAUUUGUGGUGUAUUGACUUAGAAUCAGACACAGAAUCAAUCUAGGCGGAACUUUUCAACACGCUGUGUUUCCUAAGUUGUGAUUUUGUGAAAUGCGAGACAAAGCUGAGAUGGCCAUUCACCAAUAGCUGGCUCCUGUAGCACCUCACCAUAGGGGUGGUUUUAUAUCUAUAUUUUUUGCCAGGUUUCUGUCAUUGAUUUAUGUAUGGUAUCAAUAAAGAUGAAUUUUCACUGAAGAAUGUGGCUUA